GUCCUCUUUCUCUCUCAAACUGUUCCUAACUAUUCCAUAUAAGAUUUUGGUGGAGGAGAAGAAUCACUAACCAAAAAAAAAAAAAACCAACCCAAAACCAAAAUCUCUCCCUUUUUUUUGCUUAUAACAAGAUUUGGGUUUCUGCAAAAAGCAUCAAAACAGAGGAAGAAAGAUCAAAGUUUGAGUCUUGAUCAGGAAAGAGCAUAACUUGGCUUUGUGAGUUUGAGAAAGGAAAAGGGUUCAGCUUGUUUGGAGAGCUAAGGUUGAAGAAGAUCAGUUCAGUUCUCUGAAAUGGUUUUCAUGUUUGACAUUUUCUUUGCUGAGGAAGAGAAGGUUGAAGAAGGAGCCGGGGAAAAAGAACGAUAAGGACAAGCUCAAGCAAAGCCAAAUUCACAGAAGAAGUGGGAAGAAACCGAAGUAUUGGGAUUCAUUUUGAUCUGCUUCAACUGGGUUAUUGGCAAUGUCUACAACUAUAAUCAGCGACCCAAUGGGAGGUCUAUCAGCCCCAGAAAGCCAAGCAGCAGCCCCAAAACUCAAUCCCCAAUCAGAGAUUGAGUCUGCAAAGUGUGACUGCUGUGGGCUCACAGAGGAGUGCACCCCCGCCUAUAUAGAACAUGUCCGAGAGAGAAACAUGGGCCAUUGGAUUUGUGGGUUGUGUUCUGAGGCUAUAAAAGAUGAGAUUGUGAGGUCUGAGAGGCUAGUUAGCACUGAAGAAGCCAUGGCUACACAUAUGAACUUUUGCAAGAAAUUUAAGGCAUCCGGGCCUCCUUUGAACCCUGCUAUUCAUUUGAUAUCUGCCAUGAAACAGAUUCUCCGGCGUAGUUUGGACUCUCCGAGGGGCUCGAAUUCAACUCCGAAUAGUCCGAUGAGGAUGGGUGGCCGCGCGGCGCUUACUAGGUCCGGGAGUUGCUUUCCUGCCCUGACCGGAGUGGAAUGAGAAUGAGAAUGAAAAUGAAAAAGGAAGUGGAACUUGGCAAAGUUACCAUCUCAAUUGAUGAAAAAUAAGAACCCAAAAGGGUGAACAAAAAUGAAUUUAAUUGAGGUUAGAUGCCUAAUUUAGCUGUGCUUAGUAAUGGAAUACAGAAGUUUAAUUUUACUUUUGAAA